GUAAUGUUAGGCGUGCGUGUGCGGUAUGAGCAGGAGGGUGGGGAGGGAGGUAUUAAUAUUUGAUUGAUUGAUUGAUUGAUUGAUGUUCUUUUUGAUUUUUGAUUUGGCGGCCGGCGGGGUUUUCUUCUUUUCUUUGGCGGGUGGAUUACUCUACUCUACUUGUAGCGAAUUAUGCGUGCUCGUGGUGGUGCUGUUGGUGGUGGUGGAUGAUAUCCUGUUUUCUUGUUUUCUUGUUUCUGGUCAUUUACUUGACUUGACUUUUCUUUUCUUUUUUUCUUCUUCUUCUUUGAUUCUAUAAAACGGGCGGACGAGGGCGAGAAGUGGGGGGUGAAUGGCGGGUGAGAGUGAAUGGAAUGGAACAGCUGUGAGAGGACAAUGUGAGAUGAUAUCUUUCUUCUUUCUUUGACCCAAAAACUUUUGUUUUCAUGAUCGAGUGAUAUGAAACAUCCAGAGGAUCAUUUGCGCUUUGUUUCUUAGUAUCUCAGUAACGGGAUUAGGGUUAAUGGCGGCGAGGUGCGAGCGAAUGGAGUGGAGCAAGGCAAGGCGAGAGUGAGGACUACUGGAAAUCUAGAAUAGGUAGACAUGAGGGCGAAUGGA